AUGAAACUCCUUAGAUUUCCAUAUCUAGUCCAACAGGAGAUUAUGUCAACUAUGGAUUACCAAGAUCUAUUUUUGCUCUCGUUCUGCUCAAAACGAGUGAAAAACUUGGUGAUUUCCAGUGAAAAAAGUAGAUUCAAAGAAAUUGAAACCGUUAAGUAUAAACUUAUCGGUAGAAUCAUCAGCAUACAAAAUUCUGUUGAUGAAACUUUAGAUAACAAGAUUGUCAAAGUCAUGGAAGAUUUAUUUCGAUUCAAUGGAAAAUCGAACAUGAUAAGUUUCAAAAUCCCAAUGGAUCGAAUUGGAAAGAAGAAAUACAAGAUAGUUCGAUUCCCAUCAACAAUCGAAGCUACACUUGAUCAUAUUCUUGAUAUCUUCGGACAACGUCUGGACUUUCUAAUGGGGGAACCGCUCCUGACCCCAUACUAUCCCCUAGUGGCUGAGAUUCAGAAACUAGUGGAAGCAAUGGAUCGAUGA